AUGUUUACAUAUAAUUCUACUAAUAAUUGUUUACCAAUAUGCAAUUAUACUGAUCCAUGUAGUAGAAUAGUUUCUUCUAAUAAUUGUAAUAACAUCUGGACAAAUAAAAAGUUAAAUAAUUAUCGUACAUCGAAUUGUUAUCGUCCACUACAACAACUUUACAAAACAAUAUAUACUCCUACGUGUGGAAAUAAUUUCUCACAUAUGUGCUUUGCUUGUAUUUGUUGUCCAUCAGAAAGAUAUAAAACAACAAAUAUGACUUAUGGUAAUUUUUAUUAUAAUACUUGGAUAUCAACACGGAAGCAUCGACCAAUUAAUUAUGAUAGAAGUGUUUUCAUACGAUGCUAUGAUAAUAAUAAUAAUAACAAAACGAGAUAUCAAUCAUUAUGUAAUAAUCGUACAAAAGAUUGUUCUAUAAUUCCAAGUCAAUGUGAUCCUCAAGAACUUCAAUGUUGGACUCAGCCAACUAGUAACAUAUGUUGUCCAACUGAUUGUUGUAAUAAUUCGACUUAUAUGACACCAAAUUGUAUAGACUAUUCCAAUGUGAAUGCAUGUUGUUCUUCAUGUUCUCAAACAAUUAUUCCAUCUUAUUCAUGUCAAAUACCAUCAACAACAAAUCAAAUUUGUAAUAUUCAAGUUCAAUGUGUAUAA